AUGGCACAGCCUCUUCAGCUGGAUCCGAAUGGGAUCGUCGAUGAUGCAUACCCUGAAAAACCGUCCUUCCUCAAGCGUUUCAACAAGGAAAAAAACAUCGACAACAUUCGUAUACCUCCCGAAUUUGUCGCUGAGAAUGGAAACUCUCUCCCCUUCCGUUGUCGUUUGGUGCUACCUAACAAACGCUCUUGGGAAGUCGUUCUUUUGAACAUUGCUAGUGGAUGUCAUUUUCGAACGGGGUGGUCCGAUUUCGUCCGUGAUAAUAACUUAAGAGACGGUGACACAUUAGCAUUCACUCUUGUAAGUGAUGGAAUAUUUGAUGUCAAACGCUAUUUGGCAAGAAGUGGAUGUCCUCCAAGGCGUGACAUUGAAGUACCAGAUAGCGAGGAUGAAUACGAUGCGCCACACUCGCCGGAUAUUGACACAUCUGAAGACGACGAGCCAUCAGAUACUGAACCUGAAAUAAGCACAGGGUGCUCAAAGUCCAUGAGCGCGUUGGCCUUAGCCGAGUACGACCAUCCAACUUUCGUUGUUGUCCUCACUAAGUCAAGCAUCAAGAAGAGCUUGGAGAUCUCUGUCGAUUUCUGGAGGAAACAUAUACGAGCAUCGGCACUGGACGAACCCAUAUACUUCACUGCUGAAACUGGAGGAACAUGGUUGCUUGAGCUUGCGCACACUGAGCGAAAGAUUUGGGUGAAGAAAGGUUGGGGACGUUUCAAAAAUGACAAUCGGCUAGUUCCAGGAGUUCAAUGCACUUUUCAGCUUGUAGAUGUCAAAGAAAUCCACUUCUAUGUCCAUUUCGAUCACUAG